ACAUUCUAAAUAAUGGCGGAAAGUAAACAGUCAACACAUACGAAGCCUUCUCGCAGAGGCGGCAAGUUUUGCGUUGCUGGCACUGCCAAUGGUAGUAGUUGUCAAAAUACUAGCUACUGCAAAGAUGUGAAAAUGCACUAUUUUCCAUCGAACGAGGAACUUCGACGAAAAUGGGUAGCCUUCGUGAGAAGACAUCGCCACAAUUGGAAGCCAACUUCGACAUCGGUACUCUGCUCUGUACAUUUUGAGCCUACAUGCUAUGAAAGGCGGCUGGACAUCGCUGGUAUACCCAGUGAACUACAAUUAAAGAAAAACAGAUUGCUGAAAGACUCUGUGCCGACAAUUGAUGCAGUUGAACGCCAAAUUCCGAAAGGGCCUACGGCAAGACAGCGAAGACAGAUCAAGCGACACGCGCUGUCAUCGUCGACAACAGUGGAUUUUGAAGAGCUCACGGAGGUAGAUCUGGAAAGCGAAAUGCCCCAUAUCAAUGAAGAUGCUGAGACUGGUAUUGAGAUGCAAUCUCAACCAACUGAAAGUGAUGUGGUAGAAGUACCCAAAACUGUGCCUUGUGGCAACUGCAGCAUUUUAAAGUUGAAGAUAAGGAGAUAUCAGCAGAAUAUCUACAAGCUUAAAAUUAAAAAGCAGCAUCUAAAGGAUCAAAUCCAAACGGUAAGAUAUAUGAAAAUUGAAAAUAAUGGAAAGUUGCAUAUGUCUUUAUAAGGUGCUACUUUUGUU